ACCGAAUUAAAGUUACAACAAAUACCCUCAUCGGUCAUCGUAGGAUUAAAAAUCUUGUCACAUUCUGUCUGAUUGCCACGCCAUUGACAGUAAUACAACAUGUCGUUACAUGAUUGCGAUACCUGAAUAAAAAGCCAAGAAAAAAAUGUCGAAGAGGAAUAAAAAGCAUAAAGAGGGCGAGAACCAGGCCGUAAUUAAUUGGGAAGAAGAUGGUUAUUUUCCAAGAAAAAUAAAAGAAGAAAUGAAAUCCAUGUGGGAAAUACCACAAAUUUAUCAAUUUCUUCACUUCACCAAAGACAUUCUAAAUAUACCCCAGAUAACUAUUUAUGAAAUGGAAAGAAUGCUCGUUAUACCAAGAGCUUCAAAGCAGUUAGCAAAUAUCAUGACAUGUUUAUUAAGCUGUCCUAUAACCAAAGCAAAACUGCAUAAAAUACCACCAAUGCCCUAUGAAUUCUGGACGAAUAUUUUAAUGCAUAAAAUAAACAAUUGGUUCAAACUUUAUUAUGGAAAGCACAAAGAUGUGAUAAAAGUUCUAGAAACUAUUGGUAUUGAACCAGAAUUCUGGGAUAUUUUUCCUGAAGCAUCAAUAUUUGCUGAUAGAGACUUUGAAGACUUGAGUUUUAAACAACGAGUAUGGCUUUUAAAGACUAUCUGUGAUACUCUUAUGCAUACAAGAAAAACAAUUCAAGAAAAAAUUGCUAAUCAUGCAUGGGAAGAUCAAGUUGAAAUAAAUUUAGGAACCGAUCGUCAUGGAGCUAAAUAUAUUUAUUUUCCACAGUUCAUCAGUAGCGAAUUGAGAAUAUAUAGACAUUGUAUGAAUAAUAAUAUUCUUUCCACUUCGAAGCCUAUAAUACCAAAGACAGUUGCAGAAUCCGAAACGAAAACAAAAGUAAAUAAUCCUCCAGUACAGGGAAAAGUAAAAAAAAGUAGAAAAAGAAAGGCUAGAUGGCAGAAUGGAUUAUGUUCAAAGAUAAGAAAGGAUAAAUCUGCAAAACCUCCAGAAAAGAAAAUAGAUAAGCAAUUUUAUAUUUGUAAUUGUAUCGAUAGUGCCAUGAAUUCACAAACUAGUGAAGACACAGACUUAAAUUGUACAAGCACAAACAGUAAUAGUAAUAAUAACAAUAAUAAUAAUAACAUAAAUUUAAACGAUUUUGACAGAAAGAGAACGAGAAAUUCAAUAAAGACAUCUGAAAUAAGUACAAUGUCAAAUAAUACAAAAUACAGCAAUACAAACUCGAGUAGUUAUGAUAAUAAUGUAUCAAAUGAAAGUCAGUUAAUUGAUAAAAAUGUUAAAGAAAGUACAUUUAAAGGAUUUUCGAGAUCGCCCAAUGAAAAAAACGGCAUAGAAUUAGUUAAUCAGUUAUUAAAUAGAUUAAAGACAGAAAUAGAUAUAAAAUAUAUUAACUCUCACGUAACGGUAGAAGAUAUGACGGAUGCAAAAGAUGAUAUUGAAAAUUCUAUUUCAAUAGAAACAAAUGAAAAUAAUUUUGAAUCAAUUUCAAACGAAUGUGAUUCAAGUAAACAUUGCUUGGAUAAUUUAUCUAAUAAUUCCAAAACGGAUGAUGAAAAAUUAAAUGAAAUUAUUGUAAUUGGAAAUACAAUAUUAAAGGAUAAAACAUUUUCAACGAAUUUCGAAGAUAUUAAUGAUUUAGAUUCAUCAACAUCAAAGUCGGAUGAUGAAAAAUUAAAUGGAAGUGAUACUUCUAUAACUAAUAAGAUGAAGAAUAUUUCAAAUGAUGUACCUGAUACUAUUAAUAAAUGCAAUAUUAGACAAAGAAAGAGAUCAUCAUCAAACAAUGGAGAAAUGAAAGAUACAAAAAAAAAAGAUAAUAUCAUUAGCGAAUUUGUUCUUGAAGAUGAAACACAGAAUGGCAUUAGAAGAAGUCUUAGGUCAAAAGAAAAUCUACAAAUGGAACAUAAAUCAUUUUGUAACGAUAUUAACCAAAUGAUAAAUGCAGAUAUUAACACAGAAGAAGUUAAUCCUAAUGAAAAUAAUCCUGAGAGAAAGAGUGAAGCAGCCUCUUUUAAAAGAAUGCUCAGAGAACUUGGUGUAUCAAAUUUUCGACUCGUAGCUGAUAGCGUUGAAACUUUGAGAAAUCUUAUUUCAAGUUUUUCGUUAAAUACACCAGAAUCAUGUGAAGUAAAAUUAGUGAGUAAAUUGAUAGAACUAUUGAAGUCAGUUGAAAACGUUGAAACGGUCCUGAAAGAUACAACAAAAAAGGCUAAAGCAAAGCUACUAAAGGAAUGGACUAAUUUUAAGAUUGGUGUGUAUGGCAGACAAGCUGCUGUGUGUUGUAGCAGUAUGGAGGAUCAGGAUUCAUCCAGUGAAAGUGGUGUCAGCUCUAAUUGGUGGAUUCUUGGAUCACAGGACUAUAAAUUGCCAACUGCCAAUGAUGCAACGUUACAGACGUUAUCGAAAUCUACCUUAUCCCCAAUUAGUACCCAAAGUUGUGCCCAUUCAUCAGAAUAUAACAACGACGAAGAACAAUGCACAAGUGGAAAAUCAAAAAGCAAAGAACAACAUGAUGAAAAAUCAGACCAUAGAGAGCAACAAGAAAAUGGGGAAAAUAGUGAAGGGAAAAAUCAACAAAAACACAAGGAAGAUAAAGAGUGUAAUAGAAAAGAAGAAGAACAACAAACUCGAAGAGUUCUACGAGCGCGAGGAAUUUCCUCUUACACAGAACAAUUGUACCCAUAUGAGGAGAUCGAUGAGAGCGAGUUGGGUGAAUGGACCGACAUUAAGGCCGUCUACGCGCCUCCCAGCGCACAGACCUGUGCAUCCAUUACUUACUCUUCUUCGAAAAACAGACACGACAACCAUUGGUCAGAGAAAGAGGACUCAGACCAAGAUUGGAUAUUACCAGGCUCUCGCAGAAGGAAAAAUAAACGUUCGUCCAAUAAUAAAAGACUAAAAUCCUUACAAGCUAAAAAUCUAAAUAAGAAAACAAAUGUUCAAGACACGCGUAAAGAAAGUACAUCAAGUCAUAAGAUACCCAAUAAUUCGAGAAUAUUACCAGCGUCGUCUACUUUGAACAAAAUUAAAUAUCCACAAAUACAACAAGAUUCAGUACGAACGAUAUCCUCUAUAGAAGCAAAUAAAAUCGAGUAUGUAGAUAGCGUGCAUUCAGAAUUAGAUAUAAAAGACGAGACCCCAAUUCUUGAUAUCGUAUCGAAUCAAUAUAAAAAUGAUUACAAUAUGAAUGGAAUAAGUUAUUUAGUACAGUCGAAUCCAACUGUGAUUGGUUUAACGCAACCAAAUACUUUCGUACAAACGAAUUCAUUAAUUCCAAGUAUCGUGCCUUCUUUUCAACCAAAUUACUAUAUGCAAGAAGUGCAACCAGAAUAUGUGGUUUAUGAUCAACAAUCUAGUUUUGUUCCAUUACAGCAAUCAAUAAUACAACAGGUACCAUGUAUAGUAACAUCUCAAGAAAUUAUAAAUCAUUCAAGAUACUCACCAUAUUUUAUAAACGCAACGAAAUCGCAAUCAAAUUUGCCAAAUGAUCUAUCACCAAAAGGUCAAUCUGAAAAUUCAAAUUUAAUUAAGAUAGUUCAGUCGGACGAUAACGUGAAUGAAAUACCACAGAAGAAAGCAUCUAUUUCACAAUCUAAUUCUAGUACUAGUAAACAUAAUACUACAAAACGAUGCACACUAAAUUCAACAUCGCAAAAAGCAAAAAGUUUAAAUCGAAAUAUAAACGAUCCUAAUAAGAAGACUACGUCAUUAAUUAUUCUAAGUGAUAGCGAUGAUGAAAUUGAAAUUAUCAAUGAAAAAACAACAAAUAAUCAGAAGGACAAAAGUUCACAAGAUCAGGAAUCUAAUAUUGCAGAAAUAGCGAAUACUACAUUAAAGAAUAUCAUUCCUCAAGAAAUUAUGCAACGUAUACAUCAAGGUUGUAUCUCAAUAACACCAAUAAAACCAGCCCCUAUACAAAAUACUCCAACACAGUUGGUCGUCGUUGUUAACGAAACGGGAAAUUAUUAUGCUUUAGCAUUACCUAAUGGAAGUAAACUUAUUUUGACGCCUGAACAAGUAGCACAAAUUAGAGCUUCAAAUGGUGGAAAACUUGUUCUAUAAAAUACUAAUUAAUCUUUAUCUAUAUUAAAUACUAAAGUUUAUUUUCUUCAAACACAUUUUAUCAUGCAUUUAAGAUAAUAUUGGUUUAUUAGUAGAAGUAAAUAUUACGGGGAUCUUUUCUUUUUUUUUUUUUUCUUUUUUGCUGUUGAUGAAAUAUUAUCCAUAUAUUUCUAUAUCGGUAAGAUCAAUAAAUGUAUUUUGUAGAUUUAUUGUUUAAAUCUACUAUUUAUUCUUUACGGGUUAUUAGACGUAUAUUAAAAGAAUAUCAAUAAUGUCUUGCAAAAAUACGUAUUUAUGAAACAUCUCUUUGUACAAUUUUCAUAAUUAAUUUAAAAAAUAAAGUUAUAAAUUAUUUUUUAAUUAAUUUAAACAUUGCAAAAUAUGACACAAGUCAUAUAAAGUUUUAAUCUUUUAGUAAUUUAAUUCAAACUUUCAGUACAUUUUUUACUAUAUCUAUAUAAAUAUAAAUACACGAUAUUACGUAUACAAGAUAUUUUGCUUAACACGCAAGAAAUUCUAUUUUAUAGAAUUCUUGUAUUUUAAAUAUGUUUGUAAACAAUAAUUAACAUAACAAACAUCUUCCUUUUAUUAUCGAAAAAAGUAAUUGUAUGCAGUUUGGAGUAUGAAUAUUUAUUAAAAGAUCUCAAUAAUUUUAGCAUGCAUAUGCGCACAAAUUGAAUGAUAUAACACAGACAUAAUACUUGUAUAUAGUUUUAUACCAUGUAUAUAAUUAAGCAAUGCUGGUAUAUUAUUGCUGAUAUAUUAAUCUUUUUCUUUUUUAAUAUGUUAUAAUAAUAUAUUCUUUCUUCAUAUGUAAUUCUCAACAAAUAAAUAAUAGAAUAAAAUUA